AUGUCUCCUGAUGCGUUGAUGCGCAUACACGCAUCAGUCUNUGAUGCGUACGCGGGAACUGCCGUACAUGACUUUCUGAAUGGCCUAAUGCAAUUCUUCUCCCUGCGUUGGGUGUUUACUCUAGAACCUCUUCGUGCUCUAUUUCAUGUCAACUGCGCCGGUGUAUUUAUUAGAGAUGACCUUUUAUCGGUAAAAUCGUUAAAAUUGAAUUUUAUACGGGUGAAAUGGUUUCAUCCGUAUCAAUGUUCAUGGGCGCUCAUCGUCAUCCGUCGAUGGUGGUGGUGGGCCUUCGUGGCCGUCCGUGGGCGCUUGUCGAUGGUCCUGAUGGUCAAUCGUCAGAGGUCGUGGCGGGCCGUCAUCGCUGUUCGUCGAUGGUGGUGCUGGGCGCCUGUGGACAUUGCUGGGCGGUCGUCGCCGUUCCUCGAACGUGGUGACCAGUAA